GACAGCAAGAGAGAGAGAGAGAGAGAGAGAGAGAGAGAGAGAGAGAGAGAGAAAGGCCGUGCCUGAACACUGCGCUGACAAGUGAUCUCCACGCCGCUAUCUCACUUGGCUAGGCCUGUACUGCAGGUUUUUCAGAACCACUAGUUGUAGAAAAUGAGCUCUUGUCAAAAGGGAAUUCCAGAAAAUGAAAAACCAACGCAGGAACAGUUGGAGAUCCUUGAGUACAACUUUAAUAAUGUGAGCAAGCAACCUGAUCAAACAACCAUAAUGCUGAUAGCUGCUGAAGCAGGUCUCACAGAGGAGAAAACAAUGCAAUGGUUCAAAGUCCGAUUAUCAGAAUGGAGAAAAUCAGAAGGCUUACCUUCACAAUGUGGAUCUGUUAUGGACUAGAUAUGGAUUUUUGACAAUGUUUUCUACCAUAAUGCAGUGUUUAUUUGUUUGCAAAAUAAGAAAUAAUUUGUAAAAUAAAUAUUUAACAUUAAAAAUGACUUUAAAAUGCAUUAACUGAUUUGUAUGCACAAUAAAAUUUAAUAUAUAUUGAA